UCACAGAUUGCAAUAUAUACCUUCUUAACACUUCGCCUGACCGGGACUCAGUCUGUAUCUCUGUGACUCAAGCUGACACCUCUGCUCGGUUAAAAUACCACCAGGAUCCUGCAGCCAAGAUGGGUGACGAGCAUAAACUCUCUGCGAGGCGUAAGCAUACUCUGAAGAGUAGUAUGCUGGUGGUGGCGAAUAAUUUGUUGGAGGCUGAAGCAAACGUGAAGGCUGGAGAGAGGGAGAAGUUCCUGGCAGAGAAACAUCCUCCUCUGGAGCUGCCCCGCUCCAAGGAGGAGCUUGAGGAACUUUGCCAGAAACUCCAUGAGCAGAUUGACAUCAGUGAAGACGAGAGAUACAGCUUAGAGUUCAAACUGAACAUGGUCCUCCGUGAGGUCAGAGACCUCAACAUAAAGAUUGUGGAUCUGAGAGGAAAGUUCAAGAGACCCCGUCUGAAGAAAGUGCGUAUGUCUGCUGAUGCCAUGCUGAAAGCUCUUCUGGGCUCCAAGCACACGGUCAACAUGGACCUGAGAGCCAACCUGAAGCAGGUCAAGAAGGAGGUCAAAGAGGAGGACAAGCAGCUGCGCGAUGUUGGUGACUGGCGUAAGAACAUUGAAGACAAGUCUGAUAGGAAGAAGAUGUUUGAUAGUUAAAUGUGAUCUAUCAUUGAUUGUUGGACCUUUCAGAACAGAAUUCAGGUCUAAUCGACGUCAUUGUAACUUAAGAGUUUUAUUUCAAACUGCUGCAUACCCACUGUAAACCUGCCUUUACCUUAUUUGAUAAGACAUCAGACAGACUGUUGUGAAAGUUAUACUGAUAAACAGCAUGAAGAAGUGUUUUUAAGUUUAUAGUGUGGUCUAGUAGGUGAUGAAUGGACUCGAUCUUUUCAGUUGCUUCACAGGAUUUUAAAAGCGAUGAUAGAUGUACAAACAUAUAAACAUUAUAUGAAAAAUAUUCAUCCAUUAUCCUUGUAUGCUUGCUUCAAAACCUCAUAUAACCCCCAAUACCCCAAAUCAUUAAUUGAAUUACAUAGUUUUUAUUUUCCAAAUGAAGGAAAUCUGUAACGUGAGCUGAGGUAGAUAUAGCAGAGUUUGGGUAGGUUUUGGACAUCUUACUUUGAAACAAAACUCUUCAGUUGAAUAUUAACUGUCAUCUGCUUUGCCUGUAUUGACACUGUAUUGUGAUAUAUUUGCACCCUAUGUACCAAUGUCAGUGCAUUCAAACCUGCUUUUCUUGUGAGCAGGCUGACUUAUGCUUCUGCAUUAAAAUACUGCUGCACCUGCAAUAUAACAUCUUCAAGUUUACACUGUAGGUGUCUGUGUUUUCUCUUCAGACAUGCAGACAGCUGCACUGUAGCUGAUACAUUUUUUAGAGCAAACUUUUAAUCUUAUCUGUUGACUGAUCUGGUUGUUUUGAAAUAUAAUUUUUAAAAUAAACAAUCUUACUCUGACUGCGACAAUUGUUUACUUU